AUGGUCAUCAUGUGUCUAUAUGUGACAAAGAAAAAAAGGACGAAGAGAAGGCUGACAAACAGAGGAAGUCAGAAGUCUUUCGAGACAAACAGGGCAAAACAAGAUGGGAAGCUUAAUGUAGCAAGGCGGGAAUGGUUAGAGGUCAACACUUUUGGUGGUGGAAUAAAUGAAGGUGAUCCCACAGUUUUUGGCAACCUACCACCAAGUGAGGAAUGUGUUCGGGCGCUCUGUGACGCAAUAAAGUCAGGAAAGGACAACUGCUACAAGCCAGCUCAUGAAUGCAAAGAGGCACAAAAUGCCGUUGCAAAAUACAGUCCAACACCUGAAUACAUCGUGGAUGCUGAGGAUGUUGUGUUGGCCAGCGGUUGCUCUGGAGCAAUCGAGAUAGCAUUGAACGCCCUGGUUGAUCGUGGUGAUAACAUCUUAAUUCCAAAACCUGGUUUCUCUCUUUACAAAUGCACCUGUGGAUCGCGGAAGAUUAAGACACGAUUUUAUAAACUCAUUCCUGAAAAUGGUUGGGAAGUCGACUUGGACGAUAUGGCUUCACUUAUUAACGAGAGAACAAAGCUUAUUGUCGUUGUCAACCCAUCAAAUCCCUGUGUUUCUGUGUACAAAAGAGAACAUUUGGAAGAAAUUUUAAACAUUGCUGAAAAAUACCGCGUCCCAGUUCUCUGUGAUGAAGUUUACGCGCAUGUCACAUUCGCCAAAGAGCCUUUCCACAGCAUGGGGAGUUUAACAAAGAAUGUUCCUGUUCUAGUUGUCGGUGGCAUCGCCAAAAGGUGAGCAUGCGCAUUUCUA